AUGACAAAGAAAAUUUAUAACGAAGAUGAAAACAGUGAAAAUUGUCGUUCAAUAAAACGCACAAAAAUCGAUGAUGAUAAUGAUAAAGAAAAUAAUUUAUUUAUCAAACGUUCUCGGCGUGGUGUUGGGUUAAUUCGCAGUUUCACUGAACCUGAUGAAGAACAAAUAAAAGCAUCCGUUGAACUUGGUUCGAAUCGAGAUUUAAUUGGUGAUCGUUCACGUUCGCAUCUUUUACCAAGAUGUACAAGUCGUAAGCAUCCAAAUCUUGCUUUUAUUAGUCCAGAAAUGUUAAUUGAUGUAUUACAAAAUGUGUAUGCAUCAGAAAUUGAAAUUCUUCAGGUUAUUGAUUGUUGUUAUCCAUAUGAAUAUGAAGGUGGUCAUGUUCAAUGGGCUAAAAAUCUUUAUACACGUUCACAAAUUCACAAUGAAUAUUUUCUUAAACCAUCGGAGUUAAACGAUUCGUCGAGAAGAAUUAUUUUUAUUUUUCAUUGCAAAUUUUCAUCCGAAAGAGCACUAUCAUUAUUAAGAUUUUUUCGAUCCGAGGAUCGUAAUAUACAUGAACAAAGUUAUCCACAAUUGCAUUAUCCAGAAAUUUAUCUACUUGAAGGUGGUUAUAAAGCAUUUUAUGGAUAUUCGACUAAGAAUUGA